AUGCUUUUCUGUCCGACAUGCGCAAACAUGCUCAUAAUAUCCAUCGACGGAGGGAGCACGAACCAUUGGGCGUGUCAAACUUGCCCUUAUAAAUUUCCAAUAAAGAACCGAAUGAGCAGUCGCUCGAAACUGAAACGGAAAGCUGUUGACGAUGUUCUCGGGACGGCAGAAUUUGGCACAGAUGAAACAGAUGCUGUUUGCCCUAAGUGUGAGAACGAUCGUGCAUUCUUCAAACAGAUCCAGAUUCGUUCUGCGGAUGAGCCUAUGACUCGGUGCACGAAUAGCGCAUGUGGAAAUGUUUGGAAAGAAGACUGA